GAACACCGCCCGUGAGGAAAGCUGAAAGAGAGAAAGUUAGAGAUUGGCAAAUCUUUCCGAUUGAGGACAAAUUCCAACCAGCGAUGGAUUGUUCACGAUACCGACUGUUUUGGGUAUUUUGGCGAAAGAAUUAUUUACAGUUGCAUUUCAGCGCAUUACCGCUGGGUGUAAUAUGCAUUGCUUUUGUUUUGAUACAAUAUAGUGUCAUUAUCACCACAAAGACCAUUGCGUACAAUGGAACAACAGAAUUUCAGACAAAAGACUACAAUGUACUUAAGGAGUUGUACUUUCCCGCUAAUGAAGAUGAUUUAAUUUAUUACGCUCCUAUCUCGACUAAUGUAGACUUGCUUAUCGAUUUAUUGCGUCUGGAGUUGCAAAUUAUACCUGAGCGCUUUCGCAAUUUCAACAACAGUGAAGAAAUGCAGCUGGAAAUGGAGCAUAGUUGUCGAGGAACCUGUUUCGCUAUCAAUUUCCAGAAUUUACCGGAACGCGGCAGCAGUGAACCCUUUCAAUACACCUUGAGCUCGAACCGAAUGCGGAUCCUGCCCAAUAUUCGGUUUGUCAAUGACAAGGAAAUAAAUAUCGAGAAAGAUGAUGAUGAGUAUAUACGCAUCGGAUUCUUGUCCCUUCAACACACCCUGGAUCGCCAGUACAUGAACUAUCAACAAGUGAGUGAUGACUUCGAGAUGCUCCUAAAUUCCAUGCCCAAUGGUCGACUCAAUAGUACGAAUAGCAAUCACCUAAUAUAUUCUGGGACCCUGUUCAGUGUGUUGUUUAAUGUGUUGCUGCUUGCAUCUUUCCUUGUGCCGCUGGUGGAGGAGAAACAAAAUGGGCUGAAGGAAUUUUUAAAUUUGGUCACACCGAUGAGUUUUCUAAACGGACUCACGUUUGCGCUUAUUCGUUUACUGUGCUAUGUAAUUUAUCUAGUUGCUGUUUUAUCUGUGGGCUACUCGUAUGGAGCAGUUAACUCUGGUUACAUGUUACUGUUAUAUUUUUUGUAUAUUGUGGCCACUAUGUCAUACGCGUAUCUGGUAUCUGUCUGCUUUCACUCAGUGUAUUAUGCUAAAAUUGGCGGUCUGGCACUGCUAACUAUACCCUACAUCUUUAACUUUGUCCGCAGCUGGGCAACUUCAUUGGCUUUAUGUUUUUUCAGCACUAAUACAUUUUUGGAGGGUCUCGAUGUGUUUCAGACUUUUUCCAACAAACAUAAAAUAUUUAGCUGCGGUGAUUUGUUUCGUGAAAUCAAGGACGAUUCCAGUCCCGUUUUUUCGGUUUAUGCUUUGCUUGUUUGUCAGACAAUUUUGUAUGCCCUGUUAUACAACUAUCUAGUCAAUGUGUUCCCCGGGCCUGGCGGGUUGAAGCGUCCCUUUUUGUUCUUUUUGAAAUCAGCUACAUAUAAAAAACGACGACGUAAUGAGUAUACAACAUCGCCUCGCGGCACUGAUGCAAUCAUCUUAACCGAUUUGUGCAAGAAGUUUCAGACAACCAAAGGUGAAACCUCGAUUGCGGAUAAUUUAAACAUGACAAUUAAAAACAAGGAGAUCACCGUACUUCUGGGACAUAAUGGCGCGGGAAAAACAACUAUGCUGAAUAUGAUAAUGGGUCUGGUGCCAAAAGAUGCUGGAAACAUUGUCGUGUGCAGUGAGGGCGAGGUAUUCUCGUACCGGCAUUUGAUUGGCUUUUGUCCACAACAUAGCGUCUUCAUGAACUACAUGACAUGCAGAGAGCAUUUAACGUUCUUUGCUCAACUCCGAGGCACGCCCAAGUCUCAAGCAGAUACAUGGGCUGACAGUAAACUUAAAAAACUGAAUCUAUCUGAUAAGGCACAAGAAUAUGGAUAUGCGCUAUCUGGCGGUAUGAAGCGUCGCUUGUCGCUGGGCAUAGCGCUUGCUGGCAAUACAAAAAUUGUCGUUUUGGAUGAGCCUUCGUCUGGUCUGGAUAUUGAAUCGCGUCGCGAGCUCUGGGAUAUUUUGCUUAACCUGCGCAAAGAGAAGGCCAUAUUGGUAACCACCCACUACAUGGAGGAAGCGGAGGUUCUAGGCGAUACAAUAUGUAUUCUGGCAGAUGGAAAGUUACAGUGCAAUGGAUCCACACUGAAGCUAAAACGUGACUCGGGCAGCGGUUACCGUUUGAAGCUUCAGGGAUCCGAGGAGAACCUCAAGCAGCAGGAAGCUUUGCAACUUGUACAAUCCCAUUUAAGUGAAGCAAGUUUAUUGAAUUAUGUGAAGCCAACGCUUUCAAUUUCUCUACCGUACAAUUGUACACACAAAUACAAUGAUAUGCUAAAAGAAUUGGAAACAGAGAGUCAUAAACUUGGCAUUGACAAUAUAUCGAUUAGUGAUACGACGCUGGAAGAUGUGUUCUUAAAUUGUGCUGGAUCUACGGAUGAGGUUGAUACGCCGGGUUCAGUUAGCAGUAAGGAGCCGCUCCUGACGCCUUAUAUACGCAUGCAGGAAGAUCAAUUGCCAAAUUUGAAACAGCUUUUCAGAGCAAUUGUCUAUAAGAAGUGGACGUAUUUAUUUAACGAAUGGAAAUAUGCUCUGCUUAUGCUUAUUGUACCAGUAGUUGCGGUUGGUUUUGCCAUUGGUCUAUUGGAAUUUAUGUCGAUAGUGACGAAUAAUGGUGUGUUGCACAUUAAAUUGAACGAAAUGCGUACAGGAAGUGUUUUUAUUCAUAAUCCGGACGGUCGGGACUUAGAGCUAGAGAAUCUCCUGCGUCAACAAAUUGAGGAUAAUAAUAUCACCGCUAAAACUUUUAGACUUCGUGGUUACAAUAAUAUUAAUGAAGAGAUUCUGGCAUUAAAAAACGAAAAUUUGGCGUUUUUUCUAGAAGAUGUUAUUGGCAUUGUGGAUAUGAAGGGUGACAGUGAGGAUUCUGGAAGACCAACACUACAAAUAUAUUAUGCGGGUAACCGACAUCACAGUUCUGUGGUGCUCAUUAAUCUGAUAGAUUCGACUAUAUUGAAGCGACAGAGACCGAACGCAAACAUCGAAGCGUCUUACUUACCCAUCAGGCGUUACGUCACCGACAUCAGUUCCACGCGGCUAGAAUAUUAUACUGUUAUAGUUUCGGUGGCCAUGUUCUUUAGCAUGUUCUAUUAUUUAUCGUUGCCGUUUCGUGAACAUGCCAAUGGCUUUAGACAGCUUCAGGCGAUGUCGAGUUCAACAUUUUGGAUUUCCACAUUUGUUUUCGAUGUGCUCCUACAUUUAUGCGUUUGUUUUGUAAUGUGGAUUUUCCAGUACAUUAUAAUGCCUUCGGAGCUCUAUCCAAAACAAGACGUGUUCGCAAUUAUGUGGAGUAUUUUCUUUUACGGUUUGAGUUAUCUGCCGGUUCUAUAUAUCCUAGCAAAUAGUUUUAAAUCCGUAUCUACAAUAGCUACAUAUCUACUGCUGAUGCUCAUCCUAUCAAGCAUAAUUCCAUUGAUUACCUCCAACAAUUUGCAGGCCAUAAAUCAAUACGAGACAGAAAUUUUGUUUCUCCGCUUCUUACCUGACUUUAAUUUGAAUCACCAACUACGCAUGAUAAACGAAAACUUCCUAGCACGUCGUCGUGACCAUCAGGCAGAUCAGCUAUCGAUCGAUACAUUCUUUGUUUAUGCCGUGGUUGUAUGGGGCAUAAGCAUGUUUGUGCUUAUUUCCAUACUUGAGAACAUAUAUAAGUGCGAGUCAAUAAAACGCUUUUUCCAGGACUUGUCCUGUAAAAGUAAAGUCACGGGUCCCCAAACGGAUGAUGACGUAGUUGACGAGGUGGCGCGAGAAAAAGAUCAUGUAGGACGUUUGAUUAGCCAUGGCAGUGACGAGUCUGUGUUUAAUGAUUACUCACUACUAGUUUCAAAUUUGAGAAGAAGAUAUCAUUAUAAAUUGGCUGUAAACGGUAUAAGCUUUGCAGUGAAGCGGGGUGAAUGUUUCGGAUUGUUGGGCGUAAACGGAGCCGGCAAGACGACCACAUUCCAAAUGAUUACGGCCAAUUUGGCGAUUGAUGGUGGAAAUGUUGAAAUCGAUCGCAUAGACAUACGCAGACAUGAGGCCGAAUAUCGCCAUCGCUAUGGCUAUUGUCCACAAUAUGAUGCGCUCAACAAAUUUAUGACUGCCGAGCAGAGUCUGCGUUUCAUGGGCCUAAUGCGCAACUUAAAGAUUUCAGAAAAUAGCUGUCAAAACUUACAGAAUAAUGUCGACUAUUGGCUGGACAAAAUGAAUUUGGAGAAAUACAGGCAUGUGCCGGUGCGUUACUAUUCUGGUGGAACAAAGCGAAAAUUGCUGGCUGCAAUGGCAAUGAUUGGAGGUCCAUCUCUGGUGUUGCUCGACGAACCAACGACGGGUGUGGAUCCUAAAUCGCGACGAUUUCUAUGGAAGUGCAUCCAAGAUUUCCAGAAAAGAGGACGCACAGUGGUGCUUUCGUCUCACAGCAUGGAUGAGUGUGAGGAGCUCUGCAAUCGUUUGGCCAUCAUGGCGAACGGCUCAUUUAAAUGUUUGAAUCACAUUUGUGCCCUAAAACGUUUGGGUGGUUUCACCAUCAAAGUUAAACUAAAACCUGACGUCGACACAGAAGAGAAUGUUGAAGCUAUUACGAAAAAAUUGAAAAAUAACUUCAAUGGCUUGGAGUUGCGUGAAAAUCAUGCAGGUAACUUGACAUACAUUGUGCGGACCAAAGAGCAAAUUAUCUGGUCACAUGUUUUCAAAAUUUGCGAAGAAUAUUUUGUAGGUCUUUUUAGCGAUACCGUCGAAUAUUAUUCGGUUAAUGCAUGUACGCUGGAAGAUAUCUUUUUGAAAUUCGAAAGGCAACAAAAAGAUUCAAACGUGGUUUUAGAAAUAGAACCAAAGUUAUGUUGAGGGCAUGGGCACACUGAAGUCAUGUUUUGGAUAGGUAGCAACCUAUUCAUGUCAUUACUUCUUAACGUAAGACUGAGCUAUAGACUGUAUAUUGUUUAGUGUUUACUGUUUAUUGACAUUCCUAAAUUCCUUACAAUUUAUCUGAAUCUGAAUUUCGCUGUUGUUCGAACUUAGACUUUAAAAAUCUCGCAUUUGGGACUUCAUCUACGUUAAUCUGUAGAAAAUCGGUAGAAGCUGUUUAAAACUCAAUGAAGAAAACUAGUUUUCUUCAGCUAUUACUGUUGUCAAAAUUCUCAAAGUUGUUGGGGGUAAACAAAAACUGCAAUCUCUAGCUCAGCUUAUAAGCUAACCCAUGCCCCCACCAACAUAAUUAUCAGUAUAUCUACCUAAUUAUCAUUUAAUGUGUACAUUUUCUUAUUAUAAUAUGUAUAUCUAACAUUAUUUUCAUAAUAGGCUUUCAGUCUAAAAAUAUUUUUGUACUAUGGUUAUCAAUCGUAUAUAUCCGGAUUAUUUUUGAUAAAUAAAUAUAUGAAAAGACUUAAAUGAACCCAAAA